AAACGGGGGCUGCUGUAGGCGGCCAUAGGAUGGGAUGGAGGAGCUGCUGGUGGCGGCCAGAGAGAGACAGCUUGGAGGAGAAGCUGUCAGGGGGAAAGAAGAUCUUUUCGGAUUUUUUUUUUUGGGCUUUCGCAGGGGAACAGCAGCUGGAGGAGUGGAGGAGUGGCAGAGAGAAAGAAAAGGAAAAGAGGAAGAAAAGGAGAGUUUGGGGGGCUCUUCUCGGCGAUUUUUUUUUCUCUCUGGAAAUCAAAAAGGAGGAGGUGAGGAGAAGGAAGGGAUUCAAAACCAGAAAAAAAAAGUGUUGGAGGACGAGGAUACCUUGCUCAAGGAGAAACUUUCAGGCGUGUGGAGACCACGUUGCACUCGCCCGCGACCACGCCGCCGUCUUGCUUCGGGAGUUCACCGCCGCCGCACUCGCCCACGAUUACGCCGCCGCUGCACUCGUCCAAACACGCCGCCGCUGCACUCGUCCAUGAUGCCGCCGCUGCACUCGUCCAAGACGCCACCGCUGCACUCGUCCAGGACCACGCCGCCGCCGCUGCUCCGCUUUUCCCUGCGCUGCCAUUGUCCGGGGCAGCGCCACCACUGCCAUAGCUCGCAGCCACGCCGUCGUCUUCGUUUGGAAGGGCGAGAUCCGGAGUUGUCCUCGCGCCACCAAGGCUCAGGAGCCGUCCACCCCGCCUGGAGAAUCCACGCCUCGGUGCUCGUGGCUGCUGCCGCCGCGAGGAGGUGGCUGCAGAUGUAGCAGCCAUACGUGGGGGGAGCUAGGAAGAAGAUGGAGCCCAAAGCCCAUUUCUAACCCCUUAGCCCAUUUCCAAGGUCCAAGGCCCAUUUCCCUUUUGUUUAUUCCCUUCCAGGCCCAUUUUUUUUGAAAUCCAUGUUAUUAUUAUUGGAAGCCAUUUUUGAAGC